AUGAUAGGCUACGUCACCAAGUAGUUUAUACGAGGCGUUCGAGUUACAUAUUUUUUUACUUCGAUUAGUGUUAUUUAAAUUAUAAUAUUUAUUUUGAUGUUUUGUCUUUCUUCAAAUCAAGUGACUUAAGAAAUUUCCUAACUAAAAAUGGGAUCUUCUCAUAGCAUUGAAAUACCAGGAGGUGGUACAGAAGGUUACCAUGUAUUGAAGGUACAGGAAGGUUCUCCUGGUCAAAAAGCUGGUCUUCAGGCAUUCUUUGAUUUUAUUGUAGCUAUUGGAAAUACCCGUUUGAAUCAAGAUAAUGACACGUUAAAGGAACUUCUUAAAAAUGGUGUGGAUAAAAAAUUAUCUAUGACUGUAUAUAGUAGUAAAACACAAUCUGUAAGACAAACUGUUAUAGUACCUAGUCUUACUUGGGGUGGACAAGGUCUUCUUGGUGUUAGCGUGAGAUUCUGUUCUUUCGAAGGUUCAAAUGAAAAUGUUUGGCAUGUUCUUGAAGUGCAUCCAUCUUCUCCUGCUGAGUUAGCAGGAUUAAGGCCAUUUACAGAUUAUAUUAUUAAUGCUGAUUCAGUUUUACACGAAUCAGAGGAUUUAUUUACUUUGAUCGAAGCUCAUGAAUCUAGACCUCUUAAAUUAUAUGUAUAUAAUACAGAAGAUGAUUCUUGCAGAGAUGUUACAAUUACACCUAAUCAUAAUUGGGGAGGAGAAGGAAGUUUGGGCUGUGGAAUUGGAUACGGAUAUCUGCAUAGAAUACCUAUUAGAAAUGUUCAGGAACAUAAAUCUAACAAUUCAUACACGAGUAUUAUCAAAUCAGUUGCUCCAAGUCAAGUUACAACGAGCAUGACUUACACAGGGGGUAGCAACGUGGUUACAAAUAUACCUCCAGGUUUUUCUAUUCCACCUAAUUACAUUUCUUCACAAGAAUGUACUACAAAAUCAGAACUUGAAACCACUGUUCCAUUACAAACUACAUAUACAUCAAGUACGCAAACGUACACAACUCCACAAUUAAAUCCUGCUACAGUUGGAGGAACUACUACCACUAAUUUCAUACCUCAUGUAUCUAAUCAAAGCAACAUAAAUACGACGCACGCUAAUGAUUCUUUGUCUCAAAAUACAAUGCCGAAUAUACCUGGUAUGCCAACUAUUCCACCUUUACCAACUUUUAUUACUAAUACAACGCCUUUAAACGAAACAACUGGCAUUGUUGGAAUACCAAAAGAUUAUACAACUGUUCAAGGUGGAAUUUCACCUUUACCAAAGUCUAAUGUGUCUCAAUCUCAUAUAGAGAUUUCAUUACCUGGUAUGCCACCGAUUACCGUUAGCACGAGCCUGCCGCAAAGUACAUCUUUCUAUUCGUCUGUUCUUCAGCAAAAUGAAUUGACUAAUGUUACUACAGUUCCCACUACAGUAUCGCCUACAAUACCACCUACACAGUAAUCAGUAUAUUAUUCCUAAUAGAUAUACCUGUUAUCUUUUAUAACAAAAUACAUAUUAAAGAAUAAAAUUAAAACAGAAGUGCAAGGAUAUACUACAAA